AUGGUACUAGACAGCAGCAGAAGGGCCGCUGCCGAGUGUGUUUCCGAAGAAGCACUCAUCCACCUAAAAUACUACAAAUAUUCCGCCGUCGACAAGUCCCCCAUAUCAAACUAUGUCCUCAAGCACUGGUGGAAUGCGUUUGUGGAGGUUCUGCCAUUAUGGGUCGCCCCAAACAUGGUGACCCUUCUAGGCUUCUUUUGCAUCUUGAUUAAUGUCGCCCUUUUGGUCAUCUAUAUGCCGGAUCUCGUGGGACCUGGCCCAACAUGGUUAUACUUCAGCUUUGCGCUCGGUCUCUUCAUGUACCAGACUUUCGACAACGUGGACGGCAAACAAGCGAGACGUACCGGCACAUCCAGCGGACUGGGAGAGCUCUUCGACCACGGCAUUGACAGCUUGAACUGCACCUUGGCCAGCUUGUUGGAAACCGCCGCAAUGGGUCUCGGGACCUCCAAGUCUGGUGUCUUCACCGCUCUCGUACCUUGCCUGCCCAUGUUCUUCUCGACAUGGGAGACCUACCACACGCACACCCUCUAUCUCGGAGUCAUCAACGGACCGACUGAAGGACUCCUGCUUGCCUGCAUGUUCAUGAUCCUGUCUGGGAUUUAUGGACCGGCUGUUUGGACCGAACCGCUGGUUGAUCUCGCCGAGGGUCGUGUCUACCUACUUAGUAACCUAGGUUUGACAAAAGACACUAUUGGCGACCUGUCGAUCCGGGACAUCUGGGUGGGACUGAUCAUCUUCUCGCUGCUGGCCACCCACAUUCCGUUUUGCGUUUUGAACGUCGUCAAGGCUCGGAGAGCUCGCGGCCAGCCCGUGGCUCCCGUCUUCCUCGAAUGGACCCCCAUGGCCAUCUUCACCUUUAGCAUCGGCGCCUGGGUCUACAGCCCAUACUCGUACAUCCGCACCGACAACCACCUCGUUCUUUUCUGCAUCAUCAUGAGCUUCGUCUUUGGCCGCAUGACGACCAAAAUGAUUCUUGCACACCUUACCAAGCAGCCAUUCCCCUACUGGACCGUCAUGCUGUGGCCGCUUGUUGGUGGCGCCGUCAUGGCCAACCUCCCUCGCAUUGGACUUCCGGCCGUCUCAGCGGAGUAUGAACACAUGUACCUGGUCUCUUACUUGGGCUUUGCGGCGAUUGUCUACUUCCGCUGGGCUUAUCUCGUCACGACGAGCAUUUGCAACUCUUUGGGCAUCAACUGCUUGACCAUCCCUUACGAAAAGCAGAUGGAGAACAAGAGAAAGGCAGCCGGUAUCAUCAACGGCUUGCGCCAAAGAAGGAUUAAUUGA